GUUACGUUAUUUUAUAAAAUUUUGUAUGUUGUCAUUAAGUUAUACAUUUAUUACUCUAAAUCUUUAAUAUAAAUACCAUAAAAUAAAAUCUCCAUGGCCUAUUUUUUUGUUAGAAUGAUUCUAACAAAAAAUGUCUGAUAAUCAACAAAAAAAGUAAAAAAUAAGUGGGGGCCAAAAGUUACUUGCCUGCAUUCUUGAUGACUUAGAUGACAAAAAUCAUAUAUAUGUUUGACUUUAGGAGAAAAAUGAAAAGAUUUGGAAAUAAAAUAAAUAUUUUUGGGCAAACAAAAUUUCCAUUUGUUAGUUCAAAUAAAACAAAGUUAAAAAUGAAUACUUGUGCUGACCUAUUAAAAGAUUUUGAACCAGGUCCAUUGGAUAAAUACAGAAAUAAAUCUACUAUAGAUUGGAAAAAAAUGAAAGUUUUUAUUGAAACUGAACAAAUACUACGUUUUAAGAUGAGAGCUUGGAACUAUUUUGAAUCUAAUCCAUUGUUUAAACAUGAAAAUGAAACACCAUCAUUAGAUGAACAGCGAAAAAUGGCUCUUUUAAGAAUGUAUGAUAUUUUGGAAAAAAACUUAUUUCCAUUUGAAGAAAUAAUGAUUAAUCCAAAACUUGCUAUGUCUAAAACAAUAACAAUUUUUCAAUAUUGCCCAUCUGUUGCUAUAAAACUUGGACUUUCGUUUGAUAUGUUUGCAAAUGUUAUUUUCACUAUGGAUAAUGGUAGAAAUUCAGAUAUCUACCAGUAUGCAAUUGAAGGAAAAGUGCCUGGGUGUUUUGCACUGACUGAAAUUUCUCAUGGUACAAACACAAAAGGAAUGAGGACAAUAUGUACUUAUAAUAAUGAAAAAAGACAAUUUAUUUUGCAUACUCCAGAUUUUGAAGCAGCUAAAUGUUGGGUUGGAAGUUUAGGGAAAUCGAGUACACAUGCAAUCAUUUGGGCCAAUUUAAUCAUGAGUAAUGGCGAUAAUAAUGGAUUGCAUGCAUUUGUUGUAAAAAUUAGGGAUGUAAAAACAAUGCUACCAUGUUCUGGGGUUAUUAUUGGAGACUUGGGUGAAAAAGCAAAUUUAAAUGGAGUGGACAAUGGUUUCAUUAUAUUUGACAACUACCACAUUCCAAAAGAAAGUUUACUUAGUAAAGCAGGUGAUAUUAAUGAUGAUGGUUUAUAUGUAACACCAUUUAAAGACAAUACAAAAAGAUUGGGUGCUUCAUUAGGGAGUUUGUCAGCAGGUAGAUUAACUAUUGUCAACAUUUGUGUAGCAUACAUAACAAAAGCUGUACCCAUUGCUAUAAGAUACACAGCAGUAAGAAAACAAUUUGGACCAAAAGAAAGUGAAGAGUUACCAGUCAUGGAGUAUCAGCUUCUGCAAUGUCGAUUGAUUCCAUACUUAGCAGUUGCUUAUGCAUUGAAAAUAUAUGGAGAUUAUGUAUCAAGAGUAUAUGAGUCAUUUAUAUUGGAAAUGUUAACAAAUAGUAGUUCUAAUAAAAUUCAAUCAAUUGGAACUGAUAUUCAUGUUAUUUCAAGUUGUACCAAACCUUAUGCAGCAUGGGUUACUCGAGAUGCAAUACAGGAAUGCAGGGAAGCUUGUGGUGGACAUGGAUAUCUAAAAGCUUCUGGAUUAAAUGAUUUAAGAAAUGCUAAUGAUGCCAAUUGUACUUAUGAAGGUGAUAAUAAUGUACUUAUACAACAAACGAGUAAUUGGCUUUUAAAUGUUUGGUCAAAUUUAGAUGAUGAAAACAUAAAUCUAUGUGAUACUCCCUUAGGAACCAUUGAGUUUCUUAAAAGAGCUGAUUGUAUAUUAUUGGAUAAAUUUAAGAUUUCUAAAAUUGAUGAAGGUUCUACUCAUACAAACUUAAUAUCUUGUUUUCAAUGGAUAAUAUGCUAUUUAUUGCAACAAACAGAUGAAAAAUUGAAUUUAUUAAAAGCACAAGGUUUAUGUUCAUUUACUAGGAGAAAUGAAAGUCAAAUGUUCUAUGCUAGAGAUUUGUCAAUUGUUUUUGCUGAAUAUUUAAUCUUAAAACAGUUCAUUGAGACUACUUCUUCUACUGAUUUGGAUGAUACUCAUAGGAUUAUUUUACAUAAAUUAGCAUCUCUUUAUGGCUUUUGGUCAAUUGAAAAACACUUAUCAUUAAUGUAUGAAGGUGGAUAUAUAAGUGGUCCAUUGGCAUCUAUGAUAAUUAAAGAAUCAAUAAUUGAUUUGUGUUCCAAUCUUAAAAAUGAAUCUGUUACUCUUGCUGAUGCUCUAGCUCCUCCAGAUUUUAUAUUAAAUUCAGUUUUAGGUGCAUCUAAUGGAAAGAUUUAUAAAAAUUUAAAGAAUCAUUUGUUUGAAGAUAAGUCAACUUUUGCGAGACCAAGUUGGUGGAAAGAAAUAGCAACAAGAUCAAAAUUGUAAUUUUUGAUCUAUAGAAUAAAAUUUGUUAGUUACAUAGUUACAGUUACUUAAGAUUUACAAUACAUUUAUCUGAAAUAUUGAAUUAUUAUAAAGACUUUUAAAUAAAUAUGGAAUAUUUGUUUCCUAAAGUUUGAUAUCUCAUUAAUCUAUUUGUAUGAAAUGAUUAAUUUUGUUACAAAACUUAUUAUAAGUUUUAUUUUUAUAUAUAUAAAUCAAAUAACUUUUGUUUCA